AGAAUGUCAGACAUUCUAGAUGAAGUUAGUUGGCGGAUGGGUGGGAGGGAAUGCUAAUGGAGCAACUUGGUGUGUUGCCAAGCCUUCAGCAAGUGAACGUGUCCUCCAGCUGAACAUUGAAUAUGCUUGCAACAUGUUGCCUAGUUGCAAGAUGAUUCAAUCAGGUGGGGCGUGUUUCUACCCGGACACACCGAUGAAUCAUGCAUCUGCCAUCAUGAACCACUACUAUGCAACUAAUGGAAGAAACCUUUGGAACUGCAACUUCUCAGACUCUGCUCUCAUUGCUGUCACUGAUCCAAGUAAGCAUUUUUUUUAUAUAUAAAUGGAAAUGUAGCCUUAAUGGGAUUUUGAU